AAGGUAAAAAAAGCCUCUAAUUUCCGUACCCAUCAUUCAGCAGCCCGCGGCAUCUCUCCAGAUUUCGCGUAGCCUCCUUUCCACCAUUUCUAAGCGAAAAAGAAGAAAGAAGAAGAAAGAAGCAAACAAUCAGCAGAAGAAGAUGUUGAGAGUUGCGGCUCGGAGGCUCUCCUCUCUCUCAUCCACCGAUUCCCUCCGGAGGCCUAAUUACUCCGCCGCCAUAUCCACCGCCUCUUCCCUUCUCUCUCCUCAUCCUAUCAAUGCCUCCGCCGACUCUUCUUCCGAUGAUCUCCCUCUCCGAUCCUUCCCCUCUCUUACUCCCCACUUUCAUAUCCCUUCCAGAGGUUUUGCUUCUGAUUCUCUGACCCCAUCAAAGGAACAUAACCUUGUGCUGGAUGUUCCGGCAACUGUGGCUGCUGUUAAGAACCCAACCUCAAAGAUAGAAUAUGAUGAGUACAAUCAUGAGAGAUAUCCACCUGGGGAUCCUAGCAAAAGGGCAUUUGCCUACUUUGUCCUUACAGGUGGUAGGUUUGUGUACGCUUCUCUGAUUCGUCUGCUCAUCCUUAAGUUUGUGCUGAGCAUGUCGGCCAGUAAGGACGUUCUUGCAAUGGCGUCUCUUGAGGCUGAUCUCUCGAGCAUCGAACCGGGCAGCACCGUGACUGUUAAGUGGCGAGGGAAGCCGGUAUUCAUCAGGCGUCGAACUGAGGAUGAUAUCAAGCUAGCAAACAGCGUUGACUUAAAUUCUCUCCGUGAUCCUCAGCCAGAUGCUGAGAGGGUUAAAAACCCAGAAUGGCUUGUUGUCGUCGGGGUCUGUACCCAUCUGGGUUGCAUUCCCUUACCAAAUGCUGGUGACUUUGGUGGAUGGUUUUGUCCAUGCCAUGGCUCCCACUAUGAUAUCUCUGGAAGAAUUCGAAAGGGACCAGCUCCGUACAAUUUGGAGGUACCCACAUAUACCUUCUUGGACGAGAACAAAUUACUGAUUGGUUGAGUGUCUGUUGGGGAUCUGCUUUUGUAGAGGUUUAUUGUUAUUUUGCUUUCGGAAUAUUUUUCUUUCUUUUUAUCCAAUCAGAUAAUGUCGAAGAUUUGCGAAGGACAUCUUUGUUGUUGGCCAUGUUACUAUUCGGCUUAAGGUGGAUGAUGUAACCUUGCUCAAAUUCUCAAUAAGUUGCUUGGCUUUAGCUGAAGCAUGAAUUACGUUGA